AUGAACGGUGGUGCCGCCACUGUUGGUGGUGGAGCGAUCGUGGCCGGCGCCAUUUUUGGCCGCGUCGCUGCCGACGGUCAAGAGAUUGAUACUCAGGUUCCAGCUGUUACUGCUUUGAUCCAAUACUAUGAUCCGCCGCUCCAAUGCUUCACCUUCAAGGAUUUUCAAUUAGUGCCGACAGUAGAGGAAUUUGGGGAUAUUCUAGAUCUACCAUUAGAAGGAAAAAUUCCUUACAAGCAUACAAUGCAAAAUACAUCUGUUUCAACACUAACAGGAAUUUUGAAAAUACACCCUGUAGAGUUAGAAGGAAAAAUGAUUACAAAGGGAACCGUCAAAGGCAUUCCUCAAGGGUUUCUAGAGGGGCAUCUACGUCAAUUGGUUGAUAAAGACAUGGGGGAAACAUUCAUGGAUGUAUUGGCACUCAUUCUUUAUGGCAUUAUGAUUUUCCCAAGCAUCGAUAACUUUGUUGAUCUCUCAGCCAUUAAUGUUUGCAUAGCAUAUAAAAUCAAUGCAGAAAAUCCAGUCACAACAAUCUUAGCUGAUGUUUAUGGAAAUUUGAACAUGCGUUAUGAAUUUAAGAAGAAGAAGUUGUCAUGUUGCUUGCCAGUAUUAUAUAAAUGGUUUACUUCUCAUAUUAGUCCAAAUUACAAGCCAGCAGCUAAAGGAGCACAAGAAUGGGCGUGUUGUUUUGCUAAGUUACAUAAUGGAAUGAUCAAACGAGAGGUAUCCUGGCAGCAAAGAUCACAUAUCAUACAUUGUGGGGAGUACCCAAAUGUACCUCUUAUAGGAACCAAAUAUUGUGUUAAUUAUAAUCCGAUAUUAGCACAAAGACAAUUUGGAUAUCCUAUACGAGGUGCACUAAAUCCAGAAUCUUUAGUUGCAGUGUGGAAUUGCUAUGAAGAAGGGACUUCUAAUGAUUUACUCCGACGAAUUAGAAGUGCUUGGGACAGUGUGGUGCGUGCAGAAAAAGACUUUAGGCCAUGGGUAGUAAAGGAGAAGACAUCUUAUCAACAAUGGGUUAUGGAUAAGGUUAAAGGGGUGAAGCUACCGUUCAAACCAGUUGCCUUCAUGCCAGAACAACAAGAUGUGGAAAGUGAGGAAGUCAAAACCCUUAAAGAAGAAAUAGAAAAGAUGAAGCAGAAAAAUGUUAAGCUUGUUAAUGAUCUUCAGAAAGCUCACCAUGAAUAUAUAGAUCUCAAACAUGACAAUGAAGCCAGGAUCAGAACUUGUGAUGUAUUAAUAAAGAAGUAG